GUCGAGUUACCGUAGCAUCGGAUCACAAUCACCAAGUCAAUUGCGCCUUCGUUGCUGCAACAAACAACAAAUGUCGAAGGGCCUCAGAUCCAAGUGAGAUGAGAUGCCAUCAAUCCGUCGACGAUGGGGAUUGCUCCUUGCGGGUCUAUCCUGCCUUGUCCUUGUGAUCAGAUCCGGAGUCCUCUCGACCGGAGUUCUUUCGGAAAUAAUAGGAGCGUUUGAGACUCCAGAUGAUGGACCAGAGUCUCUCUACAAUGUGACCACUCCUCUUUAUGCCGGAAAAGAAACACUCUUACAGAAGCAGCAACUCCUUCAGGGAGUGAGUAGAGAAAGACCACUGUUUGUACUGAGUCUUCCCAACAGUGGGAGUUUGGCACUACAACGAUUUUUUGAAUGUGCUGGAUUGAGACUCUCUGUCGAGUUGGGUCGGUUCUUUGUCAAUCAAGAAUCAGGAGUGAGAGUUAAGGAUCUGCUGGAAAUUGGAUCCUGCCUUCACAACAACUACGUCAGUCAUCUCAUGGCAGGCAACCACAGUAGCAAUGCCACUUCAACAACAAAAAAUUUGCUGCAUGGAUGUGGCGGGGACAAGUUUCAAGUUUGGAUCGACAUGGAAAUUGCUCGUUUCCGAUUGUGCUUCUAUCCUUCCAUGACUCCUGGCUUCUUGGAACUGCUGUUCCAACAAUAUCGCCACGCGACAAUACUGCAAGUGAUUCGAGAUCCCAUUGAUUGGUACGAGUCGCUAUCGUUUGAUAUCAAAGAGCGGUGGCGAGAUCUUUGUCAAGCCAAUCAUCCACUCAUCUCGUUUCCAACAACCAAUGCCUCCAGAAACGAAUGGACUCGGUUCUACCACUGGCAUGUCACUCAUAUUCGUCAAUUUGCCAAACAGCAUCCUUCCUGGAGAUAUCUAGAAAUAUCAUUGGAUGGUCAUCGCCACGAUGAGGAAGAAACAGUGAUGAACAGCACCAGUCAGUUCCUCCAUCAUCAUUUGGGAGUGGAUCCACAGUGUUGGGAGCAAUCACACCACCAAAACAAACACAGCAAUGUGGACAACACAGACGGCAAAGCUAACACACCACUGCCUCCUGACAUUACCUACCCUGUACUCGUCACGGCUCUUUCCAAGAGUGGUACCACUACAAUUCACGAUUACUUUACAUGUGGGCUGGGUGGAGGAACGUCCAUCCACACGAGGACCAAAAAUCAAACCUCCAAACGACCCGUCUUUAUUGGCAAAUGUAUGGAGUACAAUAUACUGCACCAACGUCCCUUGCUACAAGAAUGCUCCUACUACAAGGUGUGGUCCGAUAUCCAGUACUUGUUCAGGCCCAAAGGAAGCGACGACUGGAGUCAAGCACACUGCUUCCUUCCUACACUGGGAGGAGGACUGGAAGCAUUCCAUGAUUCCUUUCCAAGAGGAACCAUUUUGCAUGUCACCCGCAAUGCUACCCACUGGAUCCAAUCGGCCAAUCGAUGGCAGCAAUUGCAAGAACGAUGGGCCAUGGCGUGUCGUGAUCAUCAGCAUCAUCAUUCUGGCUUGUUUGUGCCACCGUCUCGUUCGCCGUUUGCAAUCUGGCAAGACUUUUACCACAACCAUACAGAAUGGAUACGACAAUUUGCACGGGAGCAUCCAUCGUUGACCUAUGUGGAAAUCUCUUUGGAAGAUAGUGUUGGCACGCCCAAGAUUCUCAACCAAGUGUUUGGGAUUCCCACAUUUUGCUGGGGACAUUCCAACAAGAAUCAUAAGAAAGGAACGUGACUGUUUGUUGUGGUGUCUCCAUUACAAAGGAAGAUAGAGUGUCUUCGCAGCAGCAGCAUGUAUCGCAGUGAUGAGAGGGUUUGAUAGAGAACAUGGGAGGGAGGAUCCACGCGUUGCAGUACACUGUUCUCCGGGUAUUGCAGUUACAAAGUGCUCAACAUGCUCCGUGGGCACAAAGUUCAUGUAAACAAGUUGUUGUCAUGCAACAAAAUGCUUGUAAUAAAGGACGAGAGGAGUCCUAGCUAGGGAAUAGCAUGACAGUCAGAGAGGUUGCCAGCUGUGUCCAGCAUCCGUAGGUUGGUCGUUUGGCUCGCCUCCGAAAGGCAGGGUUCCUGACAAUCCUUUGAAACCCAUGGCCUUGCGCCGAAGCUGCGACGAUUCUCCAAUCUCAGUAUGAACGGUUCCAAAAAGAUCAUUAUUUUAAGUUCAAUUUUUGCAAGCUUGUCAUGGUCUAGAGGUACCGGUCCCUGGCAUCACCUGUGAAAGCUCUCCGGUGA